UGACCUCAAUGUCGCUUGUUUCACAUUGCCAGAGAACUGCGAGUUUUGUUACCGCUGAUUCCAUUGAGCUGAUUCCCCCUUCACUAAAUUGCUAGGCUACAUUAUAACCUCAAAUGGAUACAUCUGACGGGCAUUACAGGUUACAUUAUAACCUCGAAUGGAUACAUCUGACGGGCAUUAGACGGGCAUUACAGGAGGGACAAAUAACGGUAUUUCUAUUGAAGGGAGUAUUGGCAGAUUAUGAAAUCUGACCAUUGCAUACAAUAUAUGUAUUUGAUGGAAUUUCCAUUUGUUUGCAAUGAAGAAAUCUCAGAUGGAGAAGAUAAACGGACACAGGAAAGAAGCGGAAUAAUAUGCACUCUUGCAAGCAUCUCUUAAAUAACAUAAUUUCGGCGAAAAUGGUCGCAGAUCUUUUGAGUUUUCCUUCAACUCAUCUUUCAAAUAUAUUUUCCGGACACCAUAAGCUACCCUGUUGCAAUACUGAGCUAUGGUAAUGGGUGAAACAGUGGGCGUUCAUAGCCAGGGCCAUAGUCGAUAGUUAUAAGGCAAUGAAAGGAAACGGCUUUGCAUAAAUCCUACACCAGGACUGCUGCGUAAAGAUGAGAGGCUUGCCCUUCUACCAAGAGGACGAUGACAAUACAUCCACUGGGCAUGACCAAAACAUUGAUAUGGGACGUUGAAAUCCAUGCCUGAAUCCCUUUUGUCCUAUCUGCCCUUGGAGGGGGCGAGAUAGAGGAGACUUUCCUCUUUGACUCAAUAUAAAGGAGAAGAGAGCAUUCAAGUCUGAGAAAUGGAUAAACUCACCGUCAUAUCAGGAUGUCUCUUUCUAGCAGCAGAUAUCUUUGCUAUCGCCAGUAUUGCCAAUCCGGACUGGAUCAACACAGGAGAUGCAGCUGGUAAGUUAGGUUCCCUGACGGUAGGCCUGGUGCGGCAGUGCCAGACCAUCCACGGUCGUGACCGGACCUGUAUCCCCCCGCGGCUGCCCCCAGAGUGGGUCACCACCCUCUUCUUCAUCAUCCUGGGCAUCAUCUCCCUCACGGUGACCUGCGGCCUGCUAGUGUUAUCACACUGGUACCGUGAAGCCACUCGUUACGCCCGCUGGAUUGCCUUCACUGGGAUGAUCCUGUUUUGUAUGGCAGCUCUUAUAUUUCCAAUAGGAUUUUACAUCGAUGAGGUCGGGGGACAGCCUUAUAAACUACCCAACAACACAGUGGUGGGGUCCUCAUAUGUACUCUUUGUUCUAUCUAUAUUUUUCACUAUAGUGGGACUACUGUUUGCAGGAAAGGUCUGCUUGCCUGGGUGACAUAUUGGACACUUAAGUGUCCCGCUUGCGUCGCCUCAUUAGCUAACUUUUGAGGUGACGCGAUUGGCUAAGACACUUGAGGAGGGCGGCUACGUGUGUUUGUAAGGCAGAGGUCCUGAGUUCACGCCAGGUAUGGGCCAAAUCGGGAGGAAGUGGUACUGGCUAAGCAAGCAGUGUGACAUCCUUUACACUAAGAGAAAUGCCUUCGGAGGUAUUUGCUAGACCUGACGUUUGAAAAUGGAUGCCUGGAAGGGAAAAAGAGGAACUGUGAGAAACACACUUUCUCUGCAUUUGUGGAACUCUCUGAUGCACCUUUGGAUGACGGGUCUCUACAGCCCCUGGUCCUAUAGGACAGUAGGCACUGUCUGUGGUCAUAGAUAUGGGAGGAAUGGACACCUAUCCAGUCCCUUCACAGAUCAGUGAACACAGAAGUUUUGUUCCACGAAUAGAGUGCCUUUUCGGGUAGUGUAACUUUUUAUUUCACCUAAUUUUAACAUUUUGUCAUAAAAAGCACGUUUUAACGUCAUAACAAACAUAUUUGUCCAACUCCUUUUGAAAAAAAACAUUUAAAAAGGAAUCAUGUCACCAUAUUUUAACGAGAGUUCAGUUGACCUAACAGGGUCUGUUCAGUUGACCUUAAACCUGAGGGACAUGAAUCACUAAUCAAAUGAAAUAAAUAAUACAUCUUCAGAAA